UCAGAUGUGUUUUUUGGCUUGCAAAUGAUCAGUGGUGCUGCACACAGGACAGCAGAACAGUUACAGCCGUUUCGAGGUUUUUCUGCAGCUCUUCCUCCUCCUCCUCCUCCCUACGCCCCCCGAUGUGAACACUGUGCAGCAGGAAGUCACUUUAAAUUAGCAGAUCCACCCUGACAGCAACACACAGCAUCCGGAAACAUGAGUUCCCUCAGUGGACCAGGACCGACCUCGUCCUACAACCAGUCGUCAGUAACGUUGAAUUCAACUUCAUGUGAAAUGGCCGACCAGUCAGCCCACAUUUUCUUCAUGGUCAUCUACAUGCUGACGUUUAUUGUGGGUUUGAUCCUCAACGGCUUCACGUUGAGGGUUUACUUCUGUGGACGGCAGCGUCAGCUGUCCAGCUGCAUCACCAUCUACCUGAAGAAUCUGGCCGCUGCCGACUUCCUCAUCAGCCUCUGCCUCCCCAUCCGAAUCCUCAACUACGCCAGCAACGCCGUCCCCAUCCGCCAGAUCUACUGCAACUUUGGCGCUUCCGCCUUCUACCUCAACAUGUACGCCAGCAUCAUGUUCAUGGGCUACAUUGCAGCUAACAGGUACCUGAAGAUCGUCCAUCCUGUAGAAACUCACUUCCUGCAGACGGUCCGAGCUGCUCACAUCAUCUCCGUGGCAACCUGGGGUCUCCUCCUGGCCAUGACGGGUACCUACGUCCUCAUAUCCGUCCUCACCCAGGAGCCUAUGGAUUCUGUCCCCGUCAGGGUAUCCUGCGACGUUCUGCACAGCAAGCAGCUGAGCGUCUUCUAUAAGAUUAUCCACAGCUGCAGCGCCGCCAUCUUCCUCUGCGUCCUCGUCUCCCUGAUCUUCUUCUACUACAGCACCUCCCGCAGGCUGUCCCUGGCGCAGCAGAGGCAGCCCACGUCCUCCCACUCCAAGAAGCUGGCUAAGUCCCGCAGGAACAUGCUGGUGCUGGUCAGCGUCUUCUGCGUUUGCUUCGUCCCCUACCACCUGGUCCGGGUCCCCUACGCCUUUCAUAAGGACAAGGACUGCCUGUUUAACCGCUGUCUCUUCUACCUGAAGGAGAUAACCAUCAUGGUGUCGGUGUUAAAUGUCUGCCUGGACCCCCUCAUCUACUUUAUUUUCUGUAAGGCUUUCCAGGCCCAGCUGGGUCUGAGGAGGACGUUCAGCACCACCCAGACCCAAACUCAGGUGGAGAGGAGGAGCAGCGGUGGGCGGAUGAGCUCCGUCAGGAGGACGACGCUCACCCCGGCAACCAAACACAUCAGCGUUCUGUAGCCGAGGACAGAACAAGGUCACCAUGAUGGUCUGGAACAGACUGGUUCGUGGUUUUCUUGCACUUUGGCAACAUCGUGUGGUCACUUAUCUGCACAGAGAUGAUGCAGGAGUGAUGAAGGAAAAUCAUCAUCAAUGCUUAAAAAACAUUCCAGUCAUUUGUUUAAAAGAGGAAAUAACUGAAAAGGACAUAAAUGUGAUCUGGGAACACUGAAUCAUUUCAGAAGAUGCUGACAGACUGAAACGUCUCAGCUGCAGCUUCUCAGCACUGCGUCUAUUCUGGGCAUUAAAAUCAGGUGUCACACACUCACCUUUAAGCCCAACUUAAUAAUCUCGUCAUCUUGAUAAAACAAGCUUUGUUAUGGUGAUUAGAAUGUAUAUUAGUCGAGCGUGGCUGCCAUCGGCUUCUGUUCUAACAACGUUUCCACAAGGUUUGGUCCUGGGCCUCCUUCUGUUCUCUGUUUACUUACGACAUCUUCACAGUUUAUUCACAUCAUUUUAAUGCUGAUGACACUCAGUUGUACUUGCAGAUAAAUCCCAGCGAUCCCAGCAGCCUCAUGACGUUUACAGCCUUCUUUCUAACAAUCCUGGAUAGACCAAGCCCCGCCCCCCGUCCCUGAGCUGGAUUAUACCAGCUUCUGUCUGAUGUCUGGGUCCGGACUACAGCCUGUCCUGGACAAAUAAAGCUGGAAACAAACAGGAAAGUUCUGGAAAGAUGAAUGUGUUUCCAAAAGAGGACGUUUGAGUCAUCCUUUUUAUUUCUGAUAUUCAGAAUCAUUAGCUUCCCUCUGUUCUCACACAACCUUUUAACACGGUAUUUAAGAUGAGCUUAUUGUUUUGUGUUGCACUUAAACAAAUAAACUUUAAAUAUAUAGUCUGGUUUUAUUUGUGUAAAACACGUUGUGUUGACUCAUAAUAAAGUAAAUAAUAAAUAAUAAAUGUUAACUUGACACAAAUGAGUGGAAUAAAUGUUCAUUUGGCUUCAAACUCU